GAGAGACAGUCAUAAAGGGUAAUUUCGUAAUCUACCAACUCAUCCUUACCGACCCGCCGAGUAAUAGCCGUGUAUGAAACCAGCUUCUCAAAUUAUCCUUAUCAAUUCUCACAUCACAACAGGUAAUAAUCUGCCACGUCGAAAAUACACGCUACUCCGAAAAACACGUGAUUAUUACCCCAAUUGUUAAUUCCCAAUAAUAACCCUUCCUCUAUAAUAUUCGCAUCUAUUAAUAAUACACCUCUCCAGAAAAAAAAAGAAAAACAAAUCGUUCACCGGAAAAACACAAAAUGGCUCGCCGCGACGUUGUCCUCCCUUUCCUCCUCCUUCUCGCCACCGUCUCCGCCGUAGCUUUCGCCGAGGAUGAUCCAGACUGUGUAUACACAUUCUAUCUCAGAACCGGAUCGAUCUGGAAAGCCGGAACCGAUUCGAUCAUCAGCGCAAGAGUCUACGAUAAGUACGGUGACUACAUCGGAAUAAAAAACCUUCAAGCUUGGGGUGGAUUAAUGGGACCUGAUUACAAUUACUUCGAGAGGGGUAAUCUCGACAUUUUCAGUGGAAGAGCACCGUGUUUACCUAGUCCGAUCUGUGCCUUAAACCUAACCUCUGAUGGCUCCGGUGAUCACCAUGGUUGGUACGCUAAUUACGUUGAGGUCACGACGGCUGGUGUUCACGCACAGUGCUCGACGCAGGAUUUUGAGAUUGAGCAAUGGCUCGCUACUGAUACUUCUCCUUAUGAGCUCACCGCCGUUCGUAACAAUUGUCCGGUCAAGCUUAGGGAUAGUGUUAGUCGGGUCGGGUCUGAGAUCCGGAAAAAGCUUUCUUGGGUCGUUUAAGUGAUGUGUAUUGAUUCGUGAGAGUCUCUGUAUUGUUUGUUUUGUCGUCGUCGUCUUGUGAGUGUAAUGUGGCGUUAAUCAUAUUAUUCCAUAAAUAAAACUUUUCAAAGUUAUUUUGCGAAA